AUGAGGAGGAGAAGCGUCAGGAGUCAUGAGGAGGAGAAGCGUCAGAGUCAUGAGGAGGAGAAGCGUCAGGGUCAUGAGGAGGAGAAGCGUCAGAGUCAUGAGGAGGAGAAGCGUCAGGGUCAUGAGGAGGAGAAGCGUCAGAGUCAUGAGGAGGAGAAGCGUCAGGGUCAUGAGGAGGAGAAGCGUCAGAGUCAUGAGGAGGAGAAGCGUCAGAGUCAUGAGGAGGAGAAGCGUCAGGGUCAUGAGGAGGAGAAGCGUCAGAGUCAUGAGGAGGAGAAGCGUCAGGGUCAUGAGGAGGAGAAGCGUCAGUGUCAUGAGGAGGAGAAGCGUCAGGGUCAUGAGGAGGAGAAGCGUCAGUGUCAUGGGAGGAGAGAAGCGUCAGGAGUCAUGAGGAGGAGAAGCGUCAGAGUCAUGAGGAGGAGAAGCGUCACGAGUCAUGAGGAGGAGAAGCGUCAGGGUCAUGAGGAGGAGAAGCGUCAGGGUCAUGAGGAGGAGAAGCGUCAGAGUCAUGAGGAGGAGAAGCGUCAGGGUCAUGAGGAGGAGAAGCGUCAGAGUCAUGAGGAGGAGAAGCGUCAGGGUCAUGAGGAGGAGAAGCGUCAGAGUCAUGAGGAGGAGAAGCGUCAGGGUCAUGAGGAGGAGAAGCGUCAGAGUCAUGAGGAGGAGAAGCGUCAGAGUCAUGAGGAGGAGAAGCGUCAGGGUCAUGAGGAGGAGAAGCGUCAGGGUCAUGAGGAGGAGAAGCGUCAGUGUCAUGAGGAGGAGAAGCGUCAGAGUCAUGAGGAGGAGAAGCGUCAGAGUCAUGAGGAGGAGAAGCGUCAGAGUCAUGAGGAGGAGAAGCGUCAGGGUCAUGAGGAGGAGAAGCGUCAGAGUCAUGAGGAGGAGAAGCGUCAGGGUCAUGAGGAGGAGAAGCGUCAGUGUCAUGAGGAGGAGAAGCGUCAGGGUCAUGAGGAGGAGAAGCGUCAAAGUCAUGAGGAGGAGAAGCGUCAGAGUCAUGAGGAGGAGAAGCGUCAGGGUCAUGAGGAGGAGAAGCGUCAAAGUCAUGAGGAGGAGAAGCGUCAGGGUCAUGAGGAGGAGAAGCGUCAGGGUCAUGAGGAGGAGAAGCGUCAGGGUCAUGAGGAGGAGAAGCGUCAGGGUCAUGAGGAGGAGAAGCGUCAGUGUCAUGAGGAGGAGAAGCGUCAGGGUCAUGACGUGUGA